AUGCUCCUUGUAAAACAAGUUACGAGCUAAAUUUCAAGAUAUAUAAUCCUUCAACUCCUCCACUAUCAUUUAAUCAGUUGAUUCCGGGCAGGGAAAAUUUGAAAAGCAAUGUCUUUCAGAAAGGCGGAACUUGAUUUGAUUUUGGUCCCUGCUGGGUUGCUGAUCAUGUUUGUUUACCAUCUAAUCCUCUUCUACAGAUACCUGCAUCGUCCUCACACCACAGUCAUUGGCUUUGAAAACAAUGACAAAGAAGCUUGGGUUGAAAGAGUUAUGCAGGCUGAUAAAGAUGAUAUUAGUAAUGCAUUGACUGUGAUCGGAUCCAACACAUCGGCUGCAACGUCCCUGUGCUCAGUCUGUUUGACUCUAAGCUCCCUCAUUGGAACCUGGCUUGUAAACUCUUCAGAUAAUUUCUUUCAAAGCAAUUUAAUUUAUGGAGAUACAAGGCCAUCCGCCAUGUCCAUCAAGUACAUUUGUCUUCUGACCUGUUUCCUCAUUGCUUUUUCUUGCUUUGUUCAAUCAGCCAGGAACUUUGUUCAUGCAAACUAUCUAAUAACCACACCAAACAGUGAUGUACCAGUCGAGUCUGUGAAAAUAGCAGUUCUCAGGGGAGGUGAUUGCUGGUCACUUGGGCUUAGAGCACUUUAUUUUGCUCUUGAUUUGCUUCUCUGGUUUUUUGGUCCAAUCCCAAUGUUUGUUUCUUCAAUAGUCAUGGUACUCAUCCUCCAUUACCUUGAUACCAAUACCAAACCAAUGCAUCCCCAUCUAAAAACAACCACCCAGAAAGGUCUCCGCUAGAAGUUAUCGUCGUGGUUUAGUUCUGCAGGUUUGAUUUUUCAGUUCAAUGAAUUUGAAAACAAAAAAUAUAGAUAUAUCCAACGUUCUCCUUUACAUACGCAAUUACAAUUGCAGUGGGAGCAGCAUGCAUAAGAGUUGAAGCAACCACUUGGAAUGCACAUCAUGGAAGUUUCAAAGGAUUGAGACAGCCGAUGGCUAAAAUUUGUUAGUUUCGAAAUGGAC